UCAAGCUAUGGCAGAUGAAGAUCAAAGCAAGAAGAAAACAAACAAUCCCAAGUCUUAUCAAGUGAGGAAAGAAUGCAUAAAGAGGAAAUCAAUGGAGCUUGCAACUCUCUGCGAUAUCAAGGUUUGUACUGUUAUUAUUGGUCCUAAUGGGGAACUGCAAACUUGGCCUGACAAUUUGGAUGCCUGUAAAGAAGUUCUUGAUCUCUACUCUCAAAAUCUGAAACCCGAAAAGAAGCACAAGGAAUCAUCAACACCAGUACCAGAACCAGAAGAAGAACAAGGAGAGAAAAAUCUCUUGACGCUAGUUGAAUCAAAGCUUGCUGCUGUCAACAAGAGAAUUCGUUUCUUGGAGAACAAGAAUGUUGUUGUUGUUGAUAAGGGGAAAAGAAAGAUAAUUGAGUGA